GUAGCUUUAACGUGACUAGCGGUCACAUCACACACACACACACACACAGAGGUAAACAUUAACCAGCACAAGUUGUUUGCGUGUUAAAGAAACUUUUUGCUGUAAAGAAGAACAUGGCGACAACUAGGUCUGUUCAGGCUAAAGGAUAUUUGUUGUACAGGAGGUUUUCAGAGAGCAGCGACAAAGGCUGGUUCCGAUCCUUAUUUGUGCACAAAGUCGAUGCCAGGAAAGAUGCUCACUCCAACCUGCUUUCAAAGAAGGAGACCAGCAACUUGUAUAAGAUUCAAUUUCAUAACGUCAAACCAGAAUGCCUAGAAGCAUACAACAGUCUGGAGGCUGAAGUGCAGAAAAGACUUCACGAGGACCAGGACUACCCGUGUGAGGUAGUUGGAAGCUGGAAUACCUGGUAUGGAGAACAGGAUCAGACUGUGCAUCUGUGGCGAUACAGAGGAGGCUACCCAGCUUUGACUGAUUGUCUGCAGAAGUUGAAAGCUAACAAGGAGUACUUAGAGUUUCGGAAGGAAAGGGCCAAAAUGUUGCUUUCAAGACGAAAUGAACUUCUUCUGGAGUUCAGUUUCUGGAAUGAACCCCUUCCCAGACAAGGACCAAACCUCUAUGAAAUGCGCACCUAUUACCUUAAGCCAGGAACCAUGAUUGAAUGGGGCAAUCGCUGGGCGAGGGCAAUCAAACAUAGACAAGAAAACAAUGAGGCAGUAGGCGGUUUCUUCACACAGAUUGGCCAACUCUAUGUUGUUCAUCACUUGUGGGCUUAUGAGAGCCUCCAGUCCCGAGAGGAGACAAGAAACUCUGCCUGGCGGAAAGAAGGAUGGGACGUAAACGUGUAUUAUACAGUGCCUUUGUUACAAAGUAUGGAGUCAAGAAUAAUGAUUCCAACUAAGAGUUCACCUUUACAAUGAGAAAGCGACUGAGACUGCAAAUAAUUCAAUGACCAAAUUUUACUUAACUUUUUGGUCUUACUAAUUGUAGUUUCCAUGUCUUUUGUAUGAUCUGUGUUGUUACUAAAAGCAUUGAAGUAAAACUUCUGAUUCCAUGUUUGUGAUAUUGCCAAAGUCAAAAGUAGUUGUACAAUUUCCAAGCACAUUCAGUAUAAAGAACAUGAAAAACCAAGAUUUACAGGGGUUUAGAUAAAACACGUGAAGGGGGGGGAACACAAGAGAAAAAGUGUUUGUGCGUUACGGUGUUAUUGAGGAAUUUUUACCUUCUGAUUUAGUGGAGUGAAGUGAGGUGUGUUUGCUCUGUUUUGAUCAUUAAUUGAUGUAACAGAACACAUAUUGGGGUUUUUGUUUGUUUUCUUUUCCACAAUAAAUUUUUUAUGAUAGUACUAUUAAAUGUACAUGAAUGACUUGAAUAAAUGAAUGAGAUGAUGCUAAUUUGCAACAGUGAAUGUAAAACAACCGUUUGAUAAAAAAAAAUAAAAACAAAAGCCUGCCUCACUGAU